GGCGGAGUUUCCCGCCUGUGUAGCGGAACGCGGAGUGAGCUCAGCUCAGCUGUGAGAGCAGCAGACAUGUCAGUAACAGUCAGUGGAAACAUUAACACGAAGACAGCAACAGCAGCACCAGCUCACAGUGAAUGGGAGGAAGUCUGUGGUUUACCUGUUUGACUCAGGGAACCAGCACGAUCACUCCCUAGCUGACAGAGCAGAACACCAGGAUGAGUUUACUUCACAGACAGCUGAGUCAGGUGCUCACAGUAUGGAGCUGGAAGAGGAGGCUGGACGUUCCUCUCUACCCAGCCGUCGGCCUUCACUUCAGGACCUUCUGCACUGCCGUGUCAGAAGCAGACCCCAUCCAGAUCCACAAAAAUAAGCUUUUCCUCUGGUUCAGCCACCUUCCUCAGGAGGAGAAACAGUUUGGUGGCUACUUCAGCCCAGAGACCAUGCACGUGGAUCCACUCAUCCUGGAGAGGAAGGCCGAGGAGAGGGCAGCGCUACUCAGCUCGCCUCCGCAAACCCGGCCACUCGCCAGCGACUCUGUGACUGUGGAAAAGCUGUUUGAGCACACUGAUGGCUGGAGUGGUGGCCGCGGGGUCAACGUGUUGCUGUACGGGGCCGUGGGAACAGGUAAAUCUACGGUGAUCCGAAAGCUGGUGCUGGACUGGUGCAACGGAGCGACCCUGACACAGUUCAAACUUCUGGUGCCGUUUUCUUGUGAGGACCUCAGUCAGCUGUCAAAGGUUGCUUCCUUGAGGGAUCUGGUUGGUAGGAAGUAUCUCCACCUGAGAAAACACCCUCUGUUAAGUGGAGAAGGGGACCAGGCCAAGGACGUGCUCUUCCUCUUCAAUGGGAUGGAGAAGAUGAAACUGGACUUCCGGAUUGGCUCCUCUGAGCUCUGCAGUGACCCUAUUGAGGGGCUGCCUCCAAAUGUAGUGGUGGUGAACCUGCUGAGAAAAUACCUGCUGCCUGAGGCCAGCAUCUUGGUCACCACCAGGCUGUCUGCCCUGGACCGUGUCCCUCAGAAGUAUGUGAGUCGCUAUGCACAGAUUUGUGGCUUCAGUGACCCAGACCGUCAGCGGGCGUACUUCACCAGCCGCCUGCUACAGCAGAGUGGAGAGAGUGCACACAACUAUGGCGCUCAGGAACUUAUAGAGCUGCUUUACCUCAACCUUCAGAGAGAAAGCCAACUGGCCGCAGCCUGCUUCCUGCCCUCUUACUGCUGGCUCACAUGUGCCACCUUACACUUCCUUCAUUUUACAGAUGCCAAGGCACCCAUCCGCACGCUCACUGGCAUAUAUACCAGUUUCCUCAGACUGAACUUUGGGGGUGAGGUGUUGGGCUCAGGAACGGCGACAAAUGUGCCCCUUCAGGAGCAAAACAGUUCUUUGAUGUUGUAUGUAGUCCGAACAGUCGGCAAACUGGCAUUUGACGGUGUGACGUUCAAGCGUACGUCGUUCUCAGAAGACGAACUGGAACAGUGGAUUGGAGGGAAGACCAAGACGGACGAGGAGCUCCGUCAGUUGGCCAUGUUCCGGACUGAUGUGCUGGACUUCUUCUUGGCUCCUUGUGUAGAGCGUAGUAAGGAUUUGCCCGACUCUCUCAUCGAGAAUGAUCAGUGUCGGUACGUAUUUGCAGUUCCGGCCAUGCAAGAGUACCUUGCAGCUCUCUACGUGGUUUUGGGAGAGAACAAAUCAGCUCUGGAAAAGAUGACCAAGCAGGUGUCAGUUGCAAUUGGUCAGGCAGGUGAGGAUGUCAGUGCCCUAUUCAACAUCCUGUCAAAAUUCAUCCCCCUCCGAAUAUUUGCUGUGUUCAAUCUCCUCAAGCUUUUUCCAAAGCUCUAUGAGAAAAUCAGCAGCCGCAAUCGAGGCAGCAUCGCCAAAACGAUGGCAUCUGAGAUGUUUCGCACUGAGGACAGCUACAACGAAGAUGUCCUGGAUCAGGUGGAGCAGAGCCUUCUGGGAGUCCACGGCCCUCAGCCAAAGCAGUUUUGUGAAAAACAGCCUUUUGAGCUAUACCCCAUCUUCAUGGGUGGACUUUUGCACUAUGGUAACCGCACCCUUCUCCAGCAACUUGGCUGCAACAUCCAGAGCACCACAGUGGUCCAGAUCACUAAAGCCCUGAGGAAGUACCUUGUCAGGGAGCUCAGCAAGCCACAGCCACCAGAGGAGUUGAUGGAUCUGCUGGUCCUUCUGUAUGAGUUCCAGAACCCCAGACUGACAGCGGAGGUUUUGGCCUCAAUCAGAAGCAUCCGCCUCACCAACAUUCGCAUGACGUCACUCAAAUGCUUCAUACUGAGCUCUGUGCUCUCAUGCACCCCAGCAAGUUAUCGCCUCCAAGAGAUGGACCUGUCCUCUUGUCUGCUGACUCAUGAGAUUCUGACGAUCCUGUGCCCUGCCUUCAGACACACACGUAACCUCAGUCUGCAGUUUAACAGCCUGGGUCCUGAGUCCUGCAUCGCCCUGAGAGAUUUGCUUCUAGACCCCAAGAGUUCUAUUGAAUCCCUACAACUCUGUGAUAACCCUCUACUGGAUUCAGGAGUCAGUACCCUGCUGGAGGCCCUGCCAGGGAACCAGUCCCUGACACAUUUGUCCCUUAUGCACACUGGACUGGGGGACAAGGCAGCACUGGAGCUGGCUGAGAGAAUCCAGCAGCACACUGGACUCCAGGAGCUCAAUGUGGCCUAUAACAACAUCGGAGACAAUGCUGCUCUGGCUCUGGUGGACGCCUGCAGGGAGCACCCCAGCAUUCACACUGUGCACUUGUACCUGAACUCCCUCAGUGACGUGGGGAAACAGUCGCUGUAUGUGCGAGGUGUUCCCCAGAGCAACGGCCGGAAGGUCAAGGUCCUUGCUUCAGUUACCGAAGGCUCCGACAUUUCCGAGGACUGGCACCCCAUCCUCGGUGUGAUCAGAGAGAACGCCAAAUCCUGGGACCGCCAACGUGUCAAGCAGCAGCUUCAGGUGUUCCUCAGGGAUCUGGAGUGGGGCCGUCAGCAGCAGCAGAGUCUCUGGAAGAGGCUGCACUUCCGCAGAGUGGAGAAGGGAGUCAGAAAGACUUUGCGGAUGCUGGAGAGGGACAUUAAACCGCCAUCCUCAGGGUACAACAGGUAGAAUAAUGAAUAAAUAUAAUACAGGUGAAAGAACAAUCUCCAGCCAAGCAAUACAGAUUCAGUAUUAAGUGCAUAGUAUUAGGAGAUGACUACAUUCUGUAAUAUUUGGAAAGUAUUUUUUUUUUCUUUGUGCGUUCUCACACACAGUCUUCCAGCAGCCGAUGAAUUAUACAAUGCAAAAAAAGACAUGCUGUAAAUGUUAUAAUCAUGAAAUAAUGAUGAUGCUUUGUUUUGAUUGUUGUUUUGCCUGUUGACUGUCUACAUUAACAUCCUCUCACAAGUGUGGCAAUAAAAUAAAAUGGAGGGAGUUUCCGAUUGAAA